GCUUUGCCUGCAUCCGUUUCGAUAUGAGCACAAUAAGCAAGAUUGAGAAAUUUCGCGUUCCUCCUCGAUGGCUUUUCGUUCGGGUUGAGACGUCAGAUGGCAUCGUAGGCUGGGGGGAAUCGACUCUCGAAGGACACACUGAAGCUGUGGAAGGCGCGAUACAAGAUUUGACUGAACGAUUUAUUGGUGCAGAUCCAAGUAACAUCGAAGAUAUCUGGCAGACUGCAUACAUGGGUCGCUUCUAUCGUGGCGGUCCUGUCUUGAUGAGCGCUUUGUCUGGCUUGGAUAUCGCCCUUUGGGAUAUCAAAGGCAAGAAAUUGGGUGUACCCGUAUGGCAGUUGCUAGGAGGCAAAUUACGAGAUCGUGUCAAGGUUUAUGGUUGGAUUGGAGGGGAUAACCCGAGCGAUGUUGUUGCCGCUGCUCUGGAACGCAAAGAACAGGGUUUUACUGCCGUGAAGAUGAACGGAACAGAUGCUGCUUCAUGGAUCGAUUCUCCGGAUAUUCUACGAGGCACGGUUGACAGAGUUAAACAGGUUCGACAGAUUGGAAUGGAUGUCGGUGUCGAUUUCCAUGGGCGACUGCAUAAGGGCAUGGCCAAGCAGUUGGCCAGAUUACUUGAACAGUGUCAACCCCUGUUCAUUGAAGAACCGCUUCUUCCCACCCAACCCGAAGAAAUAGCUGACCUCUCGAAUGCGGUUUCUACUCCUAUUGCUCUGGGUGAACGUCUGUAUACCCGUCAUGAUUUUCGGCCCUACCUGGAGAGACGAGCGAUUGACAUUGCUCAGCCCGACGUAUGUUGAAAUGUUCUAGGCUCCCCUCACCUUGGCUUCUAGUGUAUCAACACAGGUUGCGCAUUGUGGAGGAAUCAGUGAACUACAGCGGAUCGCUUCGCUUACUGCAACCUACGAUGUGGCUCUGGCUCCCCACUGUCCCAUUGGUCCUAUCGCCUUGGCUGCAUGUAUGCAGGUUGCCACUUCGGCUCCCAACUUUACGAUCCAGGAAAUGAGCUGGGGGAUACAUUAUAAUCGCACGAGCGAUCAAGACCCUCUUGGGAAUGCCGACUUACACACAUAUAUGGCGAAUCCUGAGGUUUUUACGGUCAAGAAUGGCCAUCUUGAGAUCCUCACGCGUGCGUUUAAAAAUUUCUUGCUUGUUUCUGCGUGCUCAUUGAAAUCACGAACGCGAAUGGUAGAACCCGGUAUUGGAAUUGAAAUUAAUGAAGAUCGGGUACGCCAGGCGGCGAAAUAUUGUUUGGAGAACAUGAGUCCCUGGAGGAACCCGUUGUGGAGAGGCGAUGACGGAAGCCUCAGAGAGUGGUAGUCCUGUGCGUGAGUUGGUACUUGCGUAAAUUAAUCAGGCCGACUGCCGUGGUGACCGAACGUCUUAUACGUCAAAAUUGAUACGGUAGCUCACGGCUGAAGUAGCUCAAGUUCCAAUAUUCAAGUUCCCAUUUAUGACUUCCCGUUCUUCAAAUCAGACAGGGAAAGAAAAAAACAGAAACCCGUUGCUA